AUGCAAUUCGAUCAAUAGAAAACAGACGAAAUCAAGCUUAAUCCCAGAUAUCAAAAUCUCUUAAAAUGGGGAUUGGAUAAUGGUGUGAUCAUCAAGGAUGUGGAUAUGCCAGCAGCCUUUGGAGAACUCACAGGUGUUGUUGCUACUAAGGAUAUUCCUGCUAAUACAGCAAUAAUCUGUGUGCCUCAACCCUUGAUCAUAUCCUAAGAGAAAUGCAAACUGAGUUCAUUGUCCAUCGUCUAUGAUAAGCAUCCUGAGCUAUUCGACGAAAACGAGACUUCGGAUGCUGAAUUUAAUAUCUUAAUAUUUUAUUUGUUCAAUGAAAAGAAGAAGGGCGAAAAAUCAUUCUAUCAUCCUUAUGUUCAAGCAAUUCAAUCGAAUAACACUUUAAUUGAUUGGAGCAAAGAAGAACUCAAUUACAUUGAAGAUCCUAUAAUAUUAGACGAAUUCGCUAUAGUGCGUGAGGAUUUGAAGGAUUUGUGGAAUCAAGCCAAAGAAAUAUUCAAUGAAUUCGUUCAAGUUUUUGGAGAAACAAGACCGACAGACAAGGAAGAUUUCUAUUGGGCAGCAUAAAGUGUGAUGAGUAGAUGUUUUGGUUGGUCUUUGAAAUCCACCAGUAUGAUCCCUAUUGCUGACUUUCUCAAUCAUUCUAACAAGGCCUGUACUCAUUAUCUGGUGCAUUCCAAAAUUGAGAAGCUCGAAUCAGACAAACUUCAAGCUAAAAAGGAUGGAAAAAAUGAACAGAAACAAGAUAGUGACGAGGAUUCCUUCAUGCAGAUUGUGCAAGAAUAAUAUAAGAUAAAGGGAAAUAAAAUCAAUUUAAGUGUUCUCAAUGUCAAAUAAGACGAAUCUUAAUUUAAAUAGUUCGUUGAUCCAAAACAGACUUACAUUUUGCAACACUAGCAAUAUCUCACUGAAAAUCAAUUGAAAGAUAUUGACAACUUGGAUAACAUAUCGAAUUCUGAUAAGAGAGCCAUGAUCAAUUGGAUCAAUUAUGAGCAAUUGAUUUAGAAUUCUGAAGUUCAACUUUGGGAUUUAGGAUUUGUUACUUCCUCAGAUAGUGAAGACAAUGACUCUGAUGAAGAUGUUGAAAUAGCAAGAAACAAACAAUUUGAAACUCUGAAAAUAAGGGAGUUAUCUGAUUGGAAACUUAAAUUUGAAGAGAAGAAACAGCAGAGGAAUCAAUAAAAAGAGAAGAACCAAUAAGAAACCUAAAUGGAACAAUAAACUGCUGAAUUAACUUAAGAUCCAGACAAAGAAUAAAGUGAUGGAGAUUUAAAGGGCUAAACAGAUAGUGAAAGCAUUUUGACUAUCUGUCUUAAUAAUGAAAAGAAAAACCUAGUUACCAUCAAAGGUCUGCCUCCGCAAUAGAUCUAGGCUUUGAAACAGAGAUAGUAAUAGAUGUUGGAGGUUCAGCAACAGAAAGAAUAGAUCAAAUAAACCAUCUAAGAGUAGCGUCAAUAGUAGGACAAGGACAAUUAGAGUGACAGCAGUGAAGAGUCGAAGUGGGAUUGGCUGGAGGAGAAUGACAAGGACGUAUACUUUUGUAUUACGACUACAGAACCAAUAAGGAAACAUGAAUAAGUUACGGUGUCUUACGGGAGAAGGACCAACAGAUUCUUGCUUAGUUGGUAUGGAUUUACUCUACCUGAAAAUAAAUACAGUUCCUACAAUUUUAGAUUAUGGCUCAAUACAGAUAUAUGUAAGGAGAAGAUUUUAAGUCAGAAAUAGAUCUUUGACACCAUCACCAUUAAUAAGUUGAUUAAUCCGGAAGAGUGGGACACAGGUAAAAUCAACUUCAAUGGUAACGACGUUCCUAUUUCAUCAAUUACGAAGGAAUUUAGAAUCAAAAAGAAUAAACUCAAUAUGGACUUACUGAUGUAUUUGAGACUAUAUCUUAUGCUCUACCAAGUCCAAGUUAAGGAUGUGUUAAUCACUAUACCUGUAUCAGUCGAUUAUGAAGUAUUCGUGAUGCAGUUUUGUAUAUAAUUGUUACAACAUUAUCUAAAUUCAUACUCCUAGGAGUUGGCUUAAGAUAUUAAAGAAUUAGAAUCCAAAAUAUCAUUCUCAAGACGAUUUGCACUCCAUAUUAAUAAGGAACGCAAAGAAAUACUUAUCAAUUAGAUUAUGAUUCUUUUAGAUGCCAUUAUUAUCUUAAAAAAAUUCAAAGAAAGCAAUGACUUGAAGUAGGCUUACAUAUCAGAGAUUCAUAAUAAUGUGUAUUAUAAGAUGGAAAAUUUAAGAGGCUUGAAAGUGUAUCUCAAAUCUAUUCAUGAAUUUCUAUGA